GCAGAAGACGAUAUGCUGCCUCGGAAAUAACACAUCCCAUCUUUAAAUAACUUACGCACCACUUCUCCCUUCCCCCUUGAGAAGCACCAGAACCAACUGUAUCUGAAGCUGACACUCUAAUCAUGGUCUUGGGAGUCGGAAUCUACUUGCUGCUGCUACCUAUUCUGUGCUACUCAUUAGCUUCUGAAGAGUCGCGACUGCUAGAGGACCUGUUUUCCAAGUAUGAUAAGAAUAGCCGCCCCCAGCAAAGUGUUGAUGAUGUCGUUACCGUGAAAAUUAAACUCACUUUAACCAAUCUUAUCUCCCUGAAUGAAAAACAAGAAACUUUAACAACCAAUGUUUGGGUGCAACUAGAAUGGACAGAUUACAGACUGACAUGGAAUGCAUCAGACUAUGAAGACAUUGAUAUUGUUCGUGUUCCGCCUGACAUGGUUUGGUUACCGGAUAUUGGCCUGGAAAAUAAUAUUGAUGGCAAUUUCGACGUGGCUUAUUAUGCCAAUGUACUUGUUAGUUCUUCAGGAUUCAUGGCCUGGCUCCCCCCUGCUAUCUACAAGAGCACCUGCAGCAUUGAAGUCACAUUUUUCCCCUUUGACUGGCAGAACUGUUCACUCGUAUUCCGAUCUCAGUCUUACAAUGCAAAAGAGAUUGACAUACAGUUGGCUACUGACCCAGACACAGGAAAGCUCAUUGAAUGGGUUGAAAUUGAUCCUGAAGCAUUUACAGAGAAUGGAGAGUGGGCAAUAAAGCAUCGCCCUGCUCGUAAGAUAAUAAACCCGACCUUUACAAAAGAAGAUCUGGAAUAUCAGGAGAUUUUCUUCUGCUUGAUCAUCCAGAGGAAACCUCUCUUCUACAUUAUCAACAUCAUUGUACCAUGUGUCCUCAUCUCUUCCCUUGGAGUACUGGUGUAUUUUCUUCCUGCAAAGGCGGGUGGUCAGAAAUGUACAGUUUCUAUAUCUGUUCUUCUGGCUCAGACUGUGUUUCUUUUCCUUAUCGCUCAGAAGGUCCCUGAGACUUCACUUAGUGUUCCACUCAUUGGAAAGUACCUUAUGUUCAUUAUGUCUGUGUCAACAAUUAUUGUCCUGAAUUGUGUCAUUGUUCUUAAUGUUUCUCUGAGGACACCGAGUACUCACAUCCUUAGAAAAAGAAUCAAGCAAAUGCUUCUGGAGGUGGUGCCCCGGUACCUGCAUAUGAGGGUAGAGCCUUGUGAAGAGGCAGAGGAGACCACACGGGAGAGAAGGAGAAGCUCACUGGGGAUCAUGCUUAAGGCUGAGGAAUAUGUGCUCAAGAAGCCACGCAGUGAGCUGAUGUUUGAGCGGCAGAGGGAAAGACAUGGAAUGGGCAGAAACCUUAAAGGCCACAGAGGUGAUGGCUUUGAUGUUGGGGUGACAACUACUUUAUAUCGAAACCUAGCUCAGUGCGCCCCAGAAAUCAAGGACUGUGUGGAUGCGUGUAACUUCAUCACAACCAGUACAAGGGAACAGAACAGCACUGGAGCCGUUAUGGAGAAUUGGGUGAUGAUUGGGAAGGUGAUAGACGUUCUCUGCUUCUGGGGUGCUCUUCCUAUGUUUAUGAUAGGGACACUUGCUGUCUUCCUCACAGGACAUUUCAACAACGCUCCUGACCGGCCAUUUCAAUAUGACAACCGCCUCUAUAUUCCUGACUAAAAGAGUCUUUUUUAAGUUACUGGAGGAAACUCAUGGGGGUGAAGAGUGUGGGUUAUAAUGUGGAAAGACAUAAAUAGAAACACCUAUCCACAAGAACAAUCACUCAUGGGUGUUCUUACUUGAAAUGUAUAGCAUUCUGCAGAAUACAGCAAUAUCAUACGUAAAAUAUAUUUCUAAGGUUUCCAUGUUACAAAGCAUUUUAAAACACACUGGAACCAUUUGUAUGUCGCUCCCACCCAGUCAGAACCUCAGUUGUAAGAACACAGAGCAUACAAUAGUAAAUAAAAAAUCUUUUUCAAUUGCAAUUUUUUUAAAUAAAUGCUUGUUUGAAUAUUAACCUAAAA